AUGGCAUCAACUGAUCUACAGAGACAAGUAGGCCAGCUAUUUGCGGUCGGUUUCCACGGCUACACACCCAGUCCAGAAAUCAAGACAUUGAUCCACGACUACCACCUUGGUGGGAUCGUUCUUUUUUCACGCAAUUUUCAGAAUGCGGAGCAGUUACAGGCUUUAACAUUCGCUCUUCAGCAUGAAGCUCGCCUAGCAGGACAUAAACGCCCUCUUCUUAUCGGGAUCGAUCAGGAAAAUGGUCUUGUCACCCGAAUCUCCCCUCCUAUCGCUGCUCAGGUCCCGGGCCCAAUGGCUCUCGGUGCAACCCAUGACCCGAGAUUCGCUUAUCAGGCGGGCAAAUCAACUGGCGAGAUCCUGAACUUCUUUGGUAUCAACAUGGACUACGGUCCAGUGUGUGAUAUCAAUUCGGAACCACUAAACCCCGUUAUUGGUGUGCGCAGCCCUGGUGAUAAUCCGGAGUUUGUCGGUCGGUUCGCCUCCGCAACUGCACGUGGCCUGAGAGAGCAGCGCAUUAUACCGAGUGUCAAGCAUUUCCCGGGCCAUGGCGAUACCGCAACCGACUCUCACUACGGCCUUCCAAUCAUCGCAAAAGGGAGAGAUGAUUUGGAGCGGUUAGAAUUAAUCCCCUUUCGCCGAGCUGUGGCCGAAGGAGUGGAAACAGUCAUGACUGCACACAUCUCCCUACCCCAGAUCGAUGACAAACUACCCGCGACGUUAUCGCCAAAGGUCUUAGGGAUAUUGCGUAAGGAUAUGGCUUAUGAUGGAAUGAUCAUCACAGACUGUCUUGAGAUGGAUGGAAUUCGAGCUACCUACGGCACAGAGCAGGGAUCCGUGCUGGCAUUGCAGGCUGGUAGUGAUAGCUUGAUGGUGUGUCAUACAUUCGACGUGCAAGCGGGUUCUAUCAAGAAGGUUUGUGAAGCAGUUCAAUCUGGUGCAAUUGAGCCCUCUCGUUUCGAGUCGGCUUGUCGUCGGGUUGCAUCAGUGAAGGACAAGUUUCUUAGCUGGGAUACUGCUUUGCGCAAAAAUGAUCUUGCACAGCUCGACACUAUAAACCAAAAGGUCGCCGCUUUAUCACAAGAAGCAUACUCGCAUUCUACAACUCUGGUUCGCGACAGUGCUAGCGUGCUUCCACUGUCUCAAUCUUCCAAGGUAGUGGUUCUUUUCCCAGGCGAUGGAACUCCCGCCGGAGGCGCGGUGGAUGGCGAAGGUAUGGGGAGACAGGGAUCAUAUGAGGCUACCCCGUACCUUGAGGCCAUUCGAGUCCAUAAUCCGUCUACCACCGAGUUGAAGUAUGGAGAGGCGGGUCUCUCAACCGAAGAGUGGGAUACGGUCAAGAACGCUGAUGCCGUGAUCUUUGUUUCUCUCAAUGCACGGGAAUCACCGUAUCAAGAAAGGCUUGGUCUCGAGCUUCCACGAUUAACCCGCUCGUUGGUGGCAAUUGCUGCAUGUAACCCUUAUGACUUCCUUGAAGUUCCUGAAAUUCAGACAUAUCUCGCCACUUACGAACCCACAAUCGAAGCCUUUUCCGUGGCGGCUGAAAUCAUUUUUGGAAAAGAAGCAUCGAAGGGAUCUUUACCAGUUGGUCCUACAGUCUCAGCUAAGUCCAACGCGAUUUUUGAAUUGUAUGAUGCGGAAAGGGACGUCGAAGGCAUGAUAGAUAUUUGGGAGACAGCCUUGUCAACCUAUCCUUUACCCCGGGAGAGUUUGUGUGCACUAUUUGUCCGCCCAAAUGCCCGCCACUAUGUGGCUCGUAUCGACUCAAAGGUUGUUGGGUUUUGUCUCGCCUACUUCAAUGCCGAUGGGCCCCCAAAGACGGUUCACGUCGCCGUGUUGGCAGUUGACCCGGCCCAUCAGAACAUAGGAAUUGGUACAGCGCUUUUGACUGAAGUACGAUCCUUCUUCAGAAACCAAUUCGGUCUCGAGAACUUGAAUUUAGGCAGUUCAUUUCCUCGCUUCUGGCCCGGUGUGCCCCGCGACCUUGGUGAAGAUAUUCAAAACUUCUUCACUCAUCGCGGCUGGCGACUCAGUCCUCCCGAGAGCAGAUCGGUCGAUUUAUACCAGGCCAUCAAGGAUUUUCAGGCUCCCGAGAAGUACAUGACUCGUGCUAAAGAGCGUGGCUUUACAUUUGCUCCGCUGAAACCCGAAGACUACGACGCGUGUUUGGUUGGCCAGCGGAAGAACUUCUCUGACAAAGCGGGCUGGGUAGAGGCCUUUGUUACGCUGCACCCCAGCAAAUACCCGGACAGCGUGAUGGUUGCAUAUGACUCCCAGGGCCAGCAAGUGGGCUGGACCUUGAUGCUAGGAUCUUCUGAAGUCAUUAAUUACGUUUGGGCAUUUCCUCAGAUGUGUGGUCCGAAUACAGGCCUGAUUGGCUGUGUGGGCGUUGAUGAAGCGCAUCGUAAAUCAGGAAUCGGGCUUGCAAUGGUCUGCCAUGCUGUGGAGAACAUGAAGCAACGGGGCGUCCAGGGGGGUUUUCGUUGA